AAAUUAUAUUAUAAAAUAAUAUGGACAAUCUUAAGACAAUGCAAGCAAUGAAAGUAGAAAAGGGUGAUGGAUUUCAUCAUACUUAUUCUCAAGAUGAAGUUUCAUCAUUUUGUGAUCAUAUCAAUUACUAUUUAAGAGAUGAUAAAGAUGUUGCUGACAUUUUACCAUUAAAUCCAGAAACAAAUGAUAUGUUUGUUAAAGUCGGAGAUGGUAUAUUGUUAUGCAAAAUCAUAAAUCUGGCAUAAAAUGGUGCAAUUGAUACUAGAGCCAUAAAUGUAAAGAAACCUCUUAACAUCUUUAAUGAAAAUGUAUUUAUGAAUUAAAUAUAUCUAUUAGAUCAACUUAAAUUUAGCUAUAUAAUCUGCUAAAUCUAUUGGAUGUGUAGUUGUUAACAUUAGACCAGACUUAAUUAAAGAUAGAAGAGAGCAUAUUAUUCUUGGUUUAGUGUGGCAAAUCAUUAAAGUAUUAUAAUUCUAUAACAUAAUAGAUUCAAACAACAAAAAUGGUAAAUUUAAAAGAGAAUCCAUUUCUUAUUAGACUCAAAAAAGAGGAAGAGGAAAUAGGAGAUAUUCUUAAAUUACCACCUGAUUAAUUACUUUUAAGAUGGUUCAAUCAUCAUUUGAAAGAAGCUAAAUCAUAAAGAUAAGUAAAUAACUUUGAUAAGGAUUUACAAGAUGGAGAAGCAUAUACUAUCUUACUUAAUUAAUUAGAUAGAGAUAGAUGCAGUUUGGAUGGACUUACUUAAGAUCCUGAAAAUAGAGCUAAAACUGUUAUUUAAAAUGCUGAAUCUAUUGGAGUUCCUAAAUUUAUGAGACCAGUUCAUAUUCUUAAAGGAAAUUCUAAAUUAAAUUUAUUGUUUUGUGCAUAAAUUUUUAAUGCUUGUCCAGGAUUAACACCAAGUUAAGAUGAUUAUGAAAAAACUAAACUGUUAUAAGAAGAUGAUGAUCCUGAAAGUAGUAUGGAUGAAAGAGUAUUUAAAAUGUGGAUUAACAGUCUCAAUAUUGAAGAUGGAUAUAUUAAUAAUUUAAUUGAAGAUAUGAGAGAUGGAAUCAAUCUAAAUAGAUUAUUAGAAAAAUUAAAGCCAUAAACUAUUAAUUGGAAAAAUGUUAAGAUUCCAGCUAAAUCUAGAAUCAUUAAAGUCCAAAAUGCUAACUAUUCAUUAGAAUAAGCUAAAUAAUUUAAUAUCAAAAUUGUUAAUGUUGGUGGAGUUGAUUUUGUUGAUGGAAAAAAGAAACUUAUAUUAGGUGUAAUCUGGUAAUUGUUUAGAUUAGAUGUUCUUAAAGUAUUUUUAUUCUUUAUAAAUUAAUAGACUAUGGGUGAUUAAAAAGAUGAAUAAAUCUUAGAGGCAGCCAAUAAGAAAGUCCCAGAAGCUGAUAGAUUAGCUUCUUUUAAAGAUCCUAAAGCUAAAACUAGUCAUUUCUUCUUUAGAAUUUUGAAUUCUAUUGAACCAAGAGCUAUUGAUUGGGACUUUGUUUAAAAAGGUACUUUAUUCAUAUUAAUAUUUUAGGCGAAACUCCUGAAGAAAUUGAAAGUAAUGCUAAAUAUGUCAUCUCAGUUGCAAGAAGAUUGGGAGCUACUGUAUUUUUAAUUUGGGAAUAAAUAAGAGAUGUAUAUUAUUUCAUCUUACUAUUCUUAGGGUAAAGUAAAAAUGUUAGCAGUUUUCACUGCAUCAUUGUUACAUUUUGCAGAAGAUUAUAAAGUAGCUAAACUUGGAAAUGCAGAAUGAAGAAUAAAAAAUAUUAAAAAAAUCCAAU